UCUGCCCAUCCCGGAUGCACGUCUCUGUCAAACGCACGCGGCGGGUUUUGCGACGACCAGGUACUUAAUCAAACGCCUUCCUCGCCCAUCCCUUGGAACUGCUCUCCUUCCGUCCUCACUCUACCACAUCCACUCCUGCUGCCAACCAUUGCGCACUGUGCCCGUCGAGAUACAUAUAUCCAAUCCUGCUGCCUACUGUCCAUCCAGUCCAGCCCACUCUUCUCCAACAUACCAAGUCUCGCAGCUUUCAAGACGUCUCCAUCAACCAUACCCUCCACCAAGAAAAUGACCGACAUGAUGCCCGAACCAGCCUCGCGCACCACCAUCCCACGCAACGACAGCUUCUCCGUCGAAGACUUCACCAACGCCUUCAAGGCCUCGGCCAGCAAAUCCAAGACCGGUGACCGAUCAUUCCGCGUCGCCGACUCCAACGUACCCACUGUCCCACCACCAUCAAGAAGCUCAUCAAGACCUGCUUCAGUCUACGGCGACCGGCGGAGAUGAUCCAAGCAUGCAACGUCGAUAUCAUGCUCAAGCAGGUCUUGACAUGACAAGACGACAAUGCAUCGCCUCUUCACACACCAACGACCCUCAACGACAUUUGCCACACCAAAAUCUUGUAUUUACCUGGAAAAACUUAUUCUUGCUUUCGCGAACCCCACCCAGCAGGCGAUUUUCUUUUGGAAGCAUUGGAUUGCUCGAUACCACCUUUUGUAAACGAAGCGGCGACUUCGCACUAUUUUGUUUUAUUGGACUUGAACUGUGGAAAACUGGCGAGAGUGGAAACACAGGCGUUAAGGAAAAUGGAAAGCUCUACUACUACCAAGAGCCGCAGCGGCUGGGAGCUGUACAUAAUAAUGAUUGAUUGAAUCGAAUACUGUAUCUGGUAUUGCGACACUCUUUACUAUCGCAUUUGGCAUUACUGGGGACAACGCUUGCCGCACACGAAGCUGAAAAGCGACGCCAUUGCGGACCCCAGUGUCGUCGCCGAUGCAUGCACGCGACACUGCUACUGCAAAUACCUGGUAGACAGUACGUCAAAGAAACUCUUGCUCUUCAAUGAGCGCCA